CGCCAAUUGUAUUGAAAGAGAGUCGAGCUUGGUGCAGACGUUAGACACGUUCCGACAAAACCCAGCGAAAAAUUCAGUCCGUCUCUUAAAUCGCGGUGCUCUACGUGUUUCUUGAGUUACAUCAACGUGUGUAUAUGUUUUUCCCCUUCACGCACCCCACAAGCUUGCCUGAUCACUUAAAACAGGAAAUAGUGUUCGUUGCGUAAUUUAGAAUCCCAAAUAUAUUUUUAGUUUGCGGACAAAUGUGUUAAUUUUAAAAUUUAGCCAACCAUUCACAGUUUUGAGCGAACGUGAAAAGUGGACGUUUUUAAGUAACAAAUACACACGCUUCAUGUUGUAAACAAAUAGAAAUGCAUCACUUGUAUCCAGGAAAAGGCGACCCUUUAUGUCCUUUGGGUUUCCAUCCCCAAGUCAGGUGGCCCACAAGAUGCAAAAGAUGUUUUAGAGAUUACAAGGAACAUGGUGGUAAAAAAAGGGAUGAAGAGCAUUCCUUGAAAAAAGACGACAAAACUAGUUCGACUCCAAGUUUAUCAUGGAAUACCAGUGAAAGUGAAAGGCGAAGAAACUGGGUGUCAAGCACGAACUUGACUAGUGAUAGAAACGAUUUGAACAGGAACAACAGUGGUAGUGAUGAAAGUGACUCAAGCAACCCCUCGUCGUGGACCUCCACGCCAGACCUGGCAAACCUGGAAGACGACACUCAACCAAUCACCACUUUCAGUGUGAAACUCCCAAAGCGAAAAAUAAAAAACAUAGACACCGGACAACGAACAGUUUCAGAUAGUUUUUCCUACACAAAGGACAGGUCAUUAGUUUACAACAAAAAUGACAGCUUGGCGACAAGAGCAAAGAAACUGCAGGCUUCCAAAGAACAAAACUCAAUUGAUAGGGUAAAAAGAAUUCAAAUAAAAGAAGUUAAAACUAUAUCAGAGGAACCUACUAAUCACGAUGUACAAUUUCUAAUUCAAGUAAAAAGAAAACCAAAAGUUCAAGAACAACAGGAUGAAGAAAAUGACGAUAACGUUUCAAUGGCCGGCACAGAAACAACGGACACAACUCUGGUGGACGCGCAAGAUUGCGAGCUGCGAGAGCAAUUCGAAAGCCUUAAGAAAGAGCUAGAAGCGACCAAAACGAAAUGCGAAAGGAUGGAGCGCGACAAAAGUGACUUUUUGCUUAGAAGACUGGCAGCAAUGGAGACCACAACAUCGAAAACCACAGCUACUGAAGUAUUAAAGCUGCAACAAAAGUGCAACGAAAUGCAGCAGCAGCUCGAGGAUUUUAAGGACGAGAAGAAGAGUUUGUCGCUGAAAGUGAAGGAGUUGGAGGAAGAUUUGGAGUUAAGGCCGACGGCGCAGCAAGCUCAAAAAACCGCGGAUGAGUUGCGGUCGAAACUAAUAGCGGCGGAAACUCUAUGCGAGGAAUUAAUGGACGAAAAUGAGGACAUGAAGAAGGAAAUGAGGGAUAUGGAGGAUCAAAUGGAGGAGAUGCAGGACAAUUUUAGAGAAGACCAAGAUGAUAGGUACUCGUCGUUGAAAAAAGUAUUGGAUCAAACCACGAAAAAUUGUCGAAUAUUAUCGUUUAAACUACAGAAGGCAGAACGGAAAGCAAAUCAGUUAGAAACAGAAAAAACCGAAAUGGAAUCAAAACUAAAAGAAGUUUCAGGGGGGUCGAACACGUUAACGCAUCUGGACAAAAUUAAAAGCCUGGAACAAGAAUUGAAAUCGUCAAACGAUGCUUCUUUAAGACUGCAAAAGGAGUUGGAGGAAGCAAAUAGGAGGAUCGAAGAAAACAAAUCGCCGAGCAACAAAAAAAAAGCACCGCUACUAGGGAACAUUGGCAAAGUUCCAUCUGGUGAUGGGAAAGUAUCCAGAGAAUCUCUUACAAGGGGAGACUCUCAAGACGAUAGAACCCAACUACAAAGAGACUUACACGACUCAUUGGAAAGAGAGGCUGACCUAAGAGAGCAACUCAAGUUUGCCGAAGAAGAGAUAACUAGGUUAGCAAAACGAAGACAUGGAAUAAUGAGAACACCAAUAUGCAACACUUCAACCCAAACAUUGCUAUUAGAUACUCCUAUAGUUAAUAAAUCAGUUCAAACUAAUAUUAAUAUAACGUCAGAAAUAUCUACCCAAACUUCUGUAGAAUCAGUAGAAUCUCCAAACGAUUUAUUCCCAGUAUCGAGAAAUACCUUCAUUACAGCUUUACAAGACAGAGAUUUACUUAUGACAAAAAUUUAUCAGCCCGCAAGAGUUUUCUCGCCAAUGGCAACAAUCCUAUGCGCAAUGGGUCGAAAAUUGAGCCCAUCGAAUCAAAGGCUUACGCCGGAACCGAAGGAAAAAAGCGAAGACGACGAUGAUCCCUCGGAAGUAAAACUACAAUUGGAGUUGAGCGAGCACGAGGCCAGUCUUCUAAGAAAAAAAGUCGAAGAGUUGGAAGCUGAUAAUCAUAGGCUAAAAGCCAAAGCCAAGGAUGCUAGCACGAAGCCUAGCGUAAGAAGAUCAAAGGUUUUGGAAGAUGAAACAAACGAUCUUCGAACCAAAUUGACCGAAAAAGAGAGAGAUUGUGAAAGACUUCAAGCCGAAUUAAAUUUGAAUCAAAAACGUUCCAAAGGCAUGGUGAAGAGCAAAUCGUUGGAUAUGGACCAACAAACGUUAGACCUAAAACGGCAGUUGGCCGUUAUAGACCAAGAAGCAUCGGUUUUGCGUAACAAAGUUCAAACUUUAGAAUCAGAAAAUGAAAAAAUAAUUGCAGAAAAUAAACGGCUGAGUUUGUUACGCGGUGCUAAAUCAUUGAAAAAUGACAAAAACAUUGAUAAAUACAUCGAUCAAAUAGCCAAGCUAGAAUUAGAAUUAAGUGAUGCCCAAGAAAAGAUUAAGUCUUUAGAAUCUUCGUCAAAUAUUCCAAACAAAUUAGAAGUUAAUAGUGCGCAGAUAAGGAAGUUUACGUCUAGAAAACCGAAAAGAAUAUCAACGUUAACUUCAAGGGAUCAACUGAAAACAAUGGUUUCCGAUUUAGAAAACGAGAUUGGCGAAAUGUUGGUUGUACUUAAAAUGAGCGAAUCUAAGAAAAAAGAGGACGACGGUGGCAAUAACAUCAACAAACUCGAAUUCGAAAAAGCCAAAAAGGAAUUGGACGAAAUCCGCAAAAAAUAUGAAAACGUACAAAAAGAAUUGACCGAAGAAAAAACCAAAGUUGCUAGUGAAAAUAAGAAAUCUGCAGAUUUUAGUAAAACUUUAACAAAAACCAAGGAAAAUCUCGAAAAAUCUAUCGAAGAAAAAAAUACUCUAAAGGAGCAAGUUGAAAAGGCAUCCAAAGAGCAACUUAAACUUCUAGAUGAAAAGAAAUUAUUGGAUGGGGAAAUAACAAAAUUAAAAACAAACCUCAGAAAUGCAACCUAUAAGCAGGACGAAAUGACUUUACUUCUGCAAAAGUCUGAAAGUUUAAAGCUAGAACUUGAAAGCAAAGAUAAGGAAUUAGAAAAGCUUAAAAAAGAUUUGGAAGACAAAACUAAGUUAACAAAAGAGCUAACAACUAAGAAUAAAAAAAUUAAAGAGCUCGAAGAGAAACUAAAUGAGUACGAAGAUAAAUGUAAAACUACUGAUAAAAAAUUUAAAGAUCAAGUCAAAGACUUCGAUAAUAAAAUCGAAAAAAGCAAAGAAAAAAUCAAAACAUUGGAAAGUGAACAGCUGAAAUGGGAAGAGGAUAAAAAAAAGCUUAGUUAUCAAAUCGAUGACUUAAAUACAAAAAUAAAAGGACUUGAGAAUUCCAUUGAUACGAAAAAUAAACACGUAAAGCAAUUGGAGGAAAGUUUGAGUAAAGAAAGGGAAAUUGUUUCCAAAACAAGUUUGAAGGUGGGAGAAUUGGAAAAUAGGGAAAUAAACAAAUUGAAAGAUGAAUUAAGCAAGAAAAAAGUCCAAUUAUCUGAGUUGGAGUCUAAAUUGGAAAUGUCAACGAAAAAUCACAAAAACCUUGAGGACAAGCUAAAGAAAACUGAAACCGAGAAUAAAAACAACAAGUUGGAGAUUGAAAAGAAGAACAAGGAGUUGGAAAUCGAUUUACAAAAUGAAAGGAAGAAAUUAGAAGUCAUAAAAGGUAAUCAUGAAAAAGAGAAUAGAAAUAGAGAAUUGGAAUUAUCCACUUUAAAAAGUAAAAUUAAAAAACUGGAAUUAAAUUCUGGAGGAAGUAAGGAUGAAAUAAAACAUUUCCAAGAGAAUAUUGAUAAAUUAGAUGCCACCAUUAUGAAAGAACGUCAAAAAUAUGACGAUCUAACUGUCAAAUACGAAAUGUUAGAGGAAGAACAUGUAGUGACAAAAGCAAAACUAGUAAUGGAAAAAGAAACGGUUGAAAGUCAACUAGCAAACGUCAAAAGGGAUCUUAACCAACUGGAAAUUGAACUUAAAACAUUACGUGACACCUACAACACCAAACAAGAUACUUGGAUUAAGGAAAAACUGGAAAUGCAAGAAAAAAUUAAAGACAGUAAAAAAGGCAAUGGCAAUGAUUACGAAAAAGCCAGACUAAAAGCCUCAUUAGAAGAAAUUCAGUCGGAAUUGGAUCAAUUAAAGAAAGAAUAUAAUGGUGUUAACGACCACAUGGAGUUUAUGCGCAGAGAAAAUGACGAGCUAAAGAAAAAACUCGAUGAUUACGAAAGAGUCAAUAAAGUUCAAAGAAACAUGACUGCCGAUAGCACUGCAAUGGAAAAAGAAAUCCGCCAGCUAAAAAUAAAACUAAGUAAUGCCGAAAAAAAUAAGAAAUCUGACAUUGCAGAGUGCAAAAUUCGAUAUGAAAGUCAGCAAGCAAUGGUCAAUGCUGAGUUGCAAUCACUCCAAAAUCAAGUUCUGAGAUUUAAAAGAGAAAAAGAUAACUACAAGCACAUGUUAGAAGCUGCACAAAAAACCAUAGGAGACUUAAAACAAUCGCCAAGAUCCGCCAAAGACGGGACCAAAACGAUGCAUUACGACGAACUUGAGGAGACCAAAUCAAAAGUUCAGAAUUUGGAACAGCAAAUCAGUUGCAUGGAAGACGAACUAUCCGAGGCAAGACUGGAAUCUUCGAGAUUGAAAACAGAAUUAGUGUCAGAAAGAUCCUCCUGGGAAGUCAAACUUUCCGAAUUCCAAUCAAGGAUAAACGAACUAGAGGAAGAGAAGAUACUGAAUAGCGGUAGAACGAAGAUAGUAGGUUUAAGAACGAGAAUGGAGUUAGCAUGGCAGAAAGAAAGAGAAGAUCAACAAAGACUUCUUCAGGAAACUGCUACAUUGGCGAGGGACUUAAGACAAACCCUGUUCGAGGUUGAACGAGAGAGGGACAAAGAACGCUUGGAGUCUAAAAGAAAGACGGAUCAAUUCAAAAAAUCUUCGGAGGAAGAACAAGAUGAAAACAAGAAGAAAAUAACGGAGCUGCAAUGCGAUUUGCUCGAACUUAGAGAUGCCCACGCGAAAUUACGAACAACAAAUGAGAAAUUAAGGCGGGAGAAGGAGAAAUAUGAAAAGGAACGUGAAGAAUUUAAAACUUUGAUUAAUGGUAAAAAGAGGGCUGACCAAGAGGACGACAAAAAAAUAGGCGCGAUAAUCGAGCAUGUAGACACGUUGAAACAAUUCGCUCCUGAAUUGUUCUUCUCCAAUGAAAGAGAGGCCACAUACACACCAACACCUCCGAGGAGAACCAAGUCAAAAUCGAGAGAAUCUUCGCCGGCCAAUGAUGGAAGACGCGAAUCCUCGAUGUCUCCUGGAGAGAAGCAGCAACAAAUUUACUAUAUAAUGCAGCGUAUAGUUAAUACCACCGAAGAUUUAAGGAGGAUUCAAAAAAUGUCGGAGGACGAAUACGAACGUGAGCGUAUUAAACGGGCCAUGGGCAUGAGACGAGCUACGUCAACAGAACACGAUAAUUCUAACUCUAGGUACAGCAAACCCUACUCCAGAUCGAGCACUGUGAGCGUUACGAAUCAAUUGAGGAGAAAGAGUUUAUCUUUGGAGCACACAAUGCAGAAUGAACAAAAAAUAUGGAAAAAUGAUAAUGAUAGCAUGUCGAGUCUGCAAUCACUAGAGUUUAAUUCUGAUAUUGAAGUGAUGAGAAGCCGGAGGGACGCCAGUUUGGAUAGCAGGUUAUCCGGAGGUUCCACGCAAAGCGAUUUUGGAGAGAAGAAGAAAAAGAAAUCGUUAAUUGGUAAAAUUAAAAAGUUAACCAAAAGCAGGAGCAUUGAUGAUCAGGAUCCCGGCACAUUCUCACCUUCUAGGUCACUGUCAUCUAAGCCAAAUUCCAAUAGCGAUGUGAACGAAGAGAAAGGUAGCAAAAGGGACUUGAAGGAUAGAAUUACCGGUAUAUUUAAAAAGAGCGGUUCAUCAUCCAGAAGUAAUAGCAUGGAAAGACAACGCCACGAUACAAGCUCCACCCAAAGACCUUUAAUGAGAAAUGGCAGCAAUGGAAAUGUCCAAUCAUCUUCAUCAUCUGACAUAGAAAAAACUCAUAAAGGCAAAUCAACACGAAGUUGACUUAUACCAUAAUUUCCAUUUUUUACCCCUAUUUUUUCCUUGUAGAACUUUAUUUGUGUAAAAUUUUUGUCUUAUUUAUUUUCAUUAUCCAAUUAAUAUACAUAUGUAUAAAUAAAUAUGUAAAUAUCA